CAACGACAGCAACUCCAACUGCAGCAACAACUGCGGCAACAACAACUGCAGCAACAACUACAACCCAAAUACCUACAACAAAAGACGUAAUCACAACAGCACAGAGUAAUAAAAUCCCAGCUACACACAACACAACAAAUAAGACAGUAAAUAUUCUACUGAUUUGCAUGGCAAGUCCUCUAGUGGAGAUGAGCAUGCAAAUACCUACCAUAAUUAUGGCUGUCCAUCUCACAACAUCGCUCUGUCAUAACUUACAUCUCACAACAUCGUUCUGUCAUGACUUAUGUAAGAAGUUCAGGAUUGUGGGAAGUUCGCUUUCUGUUUUGUUUUCCUUGGCAACAUUCAUUUUAUCUUUGAUAUACAACUCCGGAGAUAUUAUUAUUGGCCUUGUGAGUGUUGUGCUGGCGAUUAGUUCCAUAGAGUGGAUCAUUGCAAUACUGCCUUUAGGACCAAGCCAUGAGCUAAAUGAACUCUUUGACUGUGCUCUUUGGGUGUGUUUUGUCUUCCACCAAGUUUUCAUAAAUGUUUUUCUCUAUGUCAGCAUCAACAUCUUGUUUGAGGAACGGGGAGAAACUACAAGAGUGUUUUGGCUUCUGAUUGUUCACACAGCCCUGACAAUAGUUUGGAAUAUUGUGCUCUGCACCAAGAAGAGAACAUUACUGCAGAAAAAAAGAGUUUCUGUCAUUGAUAAGGCCAAAUAUAAUCAGCAUCAUAAAGGAAAGAAGGAGCAUCUCUCACCAAAAGGAGUGGUUGUUGUACUCUGCUCUGUUACCAUGGUGGUUUUGAGCACAGCUCUGCCAGUACUAAUCUUUGUUGACUAUUUUUGAUGCAGAGGAGUUGAUAUACUGUAAAGUACCAUUGAGACUUAUUCACACACCUAGUAAAGAAGUGGAAAGAAAAAACUUCAAAUAAAUCAAAAGUUCUCUUACAGUGACUUUUUUUUAUUAUUAUUUCCUUUGCCUUCUUGUUUAGUGUUAGUGGUUGCUGGACAGAUUUGACUGCCUUUACAGUCUUGUUUGGACACUUCAGGUCAUUUAAAACAUGUGAUCACUGCUGCAAGACAGACAAUGUUGAUCUUUUUAUUUCUGAAGAUCAACAUUAUCUGUCUUACUUAAAUGGCAUGCUUGUAUCUUUCCCAUUUUAAAGAGAGACUAUUAGAAUUGAAUUACUGUUUAAUGUUUCCAGACUCUCUGUUCAACUUGUAAAAGCAAAUUAUAAUUGGGAUUUUUUUUUUCUCACAAAAAAUCCAUACGUGUAAAAGACUACAAGUUAAAUGUUUAGAUAUGUAAAAGUCAACUUUUACAACUUUUUCCACAUCUUCACUGGGUGUGCAAAUAAAUGUGGGCUAUGAAGAAUAUUGGAAAGAAUAUACAAUAUAGCAUUUGUUUAAUCAAAUAUAUAAACAUAUGCUCCCUUUUUUAAAGCUGUUCAUAAUUUCAAAGAUUAAUAAAAGUUAUUUAUAUGUUAGAGCCUUAACUGAAAUGCAGAAAGCUCCAUUGUUCAAACUGGAAACUAUUUCCUCAAAGUAGUCUGCAUUUAUUUCUCUGUGAAGGGAGCAUAAGCCACCAUGCCAGCUCUUAUCAUUAGUCCAACAUGUGUCAAUGGUAAAACAUUUACUUUGAUUCCGGUAUAACCUUAUAAAUGUGUAUAUUCUACUAAGCUCCGCUGGUCAUCCAAAGGGAUGUUUUCAAUCACCAGUGGAAUAUUUUAAAGGCUGUGACGAUGCCCAGUUUGAGUAGCUGCAUGCAAGAAACAGCUCACUAAAUCACACAUAUCUUUAAGGUAAUGGAAAAAAGUUGAGACUUUAUUACAGCCAGAAGUAGCAAAGGGUGAGAUUAGAGUAAACUGAAGAGGAUGUCGUAAAACAGCUUUAUUGACUGUUCACUAAAUAGGUCAGCCUGUUGUUGAAACUUUGCACCCUGUAGUGCUUUCUUCAAAGCUUCCAAUAGUCAAAUGCAUGUUCUGUUUCUUAUGUAUUUAAAAAUACAAUAUUCAUGAUUUUGUACUUAUUUUAAAAGAAAUCAGCAUUUAUAUUGAUGAAUGUCCAAUGAUUCACUCAGGUGUUAACAUCAAUUAACCGGAGGAGACAUAUUCUAAACUUUCUUCAACUUCCUAAUUUCUCACAAAUCCUGUAGUCUUCACAUAUUGGGGCAGAUGUUGAUUGUGUAGUUCUGCUGUCAUGAAACAUGUCAGUCAAAAGACCCAGUGCUUCUGUCUUGGCAUUUCAGUUAAUAAAAAAGUGUGUGUGUGUGUGCGGGCGUGGGCGUGUGUGUGUAUGUGUAUGUGCCUGAAAUAUGUUGUAAAUGAUUAAUCUGCUUCUCUGUUAUUAAGCCUUUACUUCCUGGUUUUAUGAUUGAAGUUUUUCCCUAUUUUCUUCACUACAAAAAAAAAAGAAAAAAGUGCCUCUUGUGGUUUUUAAAAGGCAUCCAUCAGUAGAAUAGGCCUUUAUUUGACAGCAACAUUUUUUUUUGAUCGUAGUUACAUCUCAAAUUAGACCUUUAUUUAUUUCAUUGCCUGAAUUCAAAAAGUAAAACUAAUGUUAAUAUUUAAACCUAAAUUCAGUUUGGCAGAAAAUAUCAGUCCAAUGAAGACAUGUCUUUCGUCCUGAAAUCUUUUGGUUAUUACCAAAGAAGUCAUGAAGAAGACACCUGACUACAAUCUUACAUGCAGCUACUGACACGCUCCUUAAAAGGUGAUUGCUAAAGAAGCAUCCUGUUCACACAGUGCUUCAUCCAAUCAUAUUAAUAGAAAAGUUAAGUUGAAAAAAAAAGGUGCACAUGAAAUUAGGAUUUGUAAUUGUCGAUAUGUUUCUACCAGUCUUGGCCAGGUCUCUCUUUAAAAAUAUUUUUUUAAUCUCAGAGGGAAAUACAUGGUUAAAUAAAAGUUACAUACUUACCUCUUCCUACAGUUUGAGGUCAACCAAUCAGAACCUUUUUGUGUUGCCAAAACCUGCUUCAGAACUCGAGCUCAAUAUUUCAACCUGUUGCACCCACACUGUUGACUUCCUGUCUUCCCAGAGAUUUUAGUUAAAGUUUAAUUUUUAUGAUAUACGAUUCUGAUUGUAAUGUGGUUUGUUUUCUAUGCUGUACAUUGUUGUGUAUUAUCUUGGUUACCGUUUUUGUGAAGCACUUUGUGACAGGACGUGUCUCCGGAAAAGGAGGUUUUUGUCCCUGUUUGCAUUUACAGACUGUAAUCCGGAUUUUUUAUGUCUUUUGUUGAUAAACAGCUUCUUCCUUGCCAAGUGGCCUUUCAGCCCAUAUUAGAACAUGAUAGGUAACCAGCUUCAGCCAGCAUUUUCACAAAGUCUGUAGCUUUUGUUCUUGGAUUGAUUUGCACAUUUUGGACCAAAGCAGAUUCAUCUCUUGGGACACAAAACCUGUCUCCUUUUUUAUGAACAGUUAAAUAUUUACAUUUGUAAAGAGUUGUGACUCCUUAUUGUCUUCAAGCCAUAAUCACCUAAUUGACAGUAAUAAGUACUUUGUGUUUUGAAUCUAUACACAACUUUAAUUUUUUUUAACUGAAUUGCUGAAAUAAAACUAUUUGAUACUAAUUUAAGCUUUAGACAACUUACUCGAUAUUAAAAUAAUCUUUAUUGGAAAUAUUCAAACAUUCAUAUGAGCAAUACACAGAAAAAAUGAUCUCAGAGCGAUAAUACAACAGAAUAUACAGAAUUGAAAGACAAGAAUUAAAAUCUAUAUUACCGUAUAUAUCAAUUAAGUACUGUUUGGACACACUUCUGAGAAAACACCAUAGUUGUGAUGCCAUCCUGCUAUGGUACAAGACAGAUGAUGAAUAUUGGAGUUAUUAAAUAGUUAUUGUGUGUUUAAGGCACAUUUUGUGUUUGACAUAUUCAAUCAAAAAUAUUUUUGCAAAAAAAAAAAAGAA